GGGGGGUGGGGGCUCCUCUCUCUGCCCCAUAGAGCGCAGCAUGAGCGCUCCGCAGCAAAAGGAUGUGUGAGCAGGCAGCGCGCUACUGUCGGGACGGAGUCCACAAACUGCUCAACAAAGAACAAGCCAAACUUCGAGCCCAGGAAAGCCGCGAGCAGCCGAAACCCGUAGCCGGUCAGGACAGCGAGUCCGCGACGGCAGCGCAGUCCGGAAACAGCGGCGCCCAGCCCGGUGGAAUCGACGGGCUCGUCCGCUGGAUCGUCACCAAAAUGAGCGACAACAAGAACAUCUCCAGCCGGGAGUACGCCUCCAGCAAGGAGGAGGUGGCCGUGGCUCAGGAGCAGUUCUUCGCCCCGGAGCCGCGGAGAGGCAUCUCCGUGAUUUUGGAUAUAUUCAGAAGGGCUGACAAAGACGAUGAUGGGAAGCUGUCUCUGGACGAGUUCCAGGCUUUCUUCUCGGAUGGCACGCUGAACGAGGAGGAGCUGGAGAAGCUGUUUCACACCAUCGACUCUGAUAACACCAGUAAUGUUGACACUAAGGAACUCUGUGAUUACUUUGCCAAGCACAUGGGGGACUACGAGGGAGUUCUGGCUUCGCUGGAAACGCUCAACCUUUCCAUCCUCAAAGCCAUGGACUUCACCAAAAAGGUGUACGAGAGAGGAACCAACGUGGAGCAGUUUGUGACCCGUUUCCUGCUGAAGGAGUCGGCCAAUCAGAUCCAGUCUCUCCUGAGCUCCGUGGAGAGCGCAGUGGACGCGAUUGACGAGCAGCACAGCCAAUCAGGUCAUCUACCUGCCAAGGUGAGUCCACGGAUGUCAGAGAGGCGUCCGGUAAACACCGUCCCUGACUAUCCCCCGAACAACAGAGUCAGCGCCAGGGAGGCUGUCAGGACCAUCAACACUGCUUCAGGUGCAGUGGAGGUGAGGAAAGAAGGUCUGGAGGCUCAAAUCAACCGUCUGGCUGAACUGAUCGGACGACUGGAGAAUAAGACGGUCUGGUUUGAUCUGCACCAGAGGCUAACAGACACAGAUGGCACCACCAGCGCAUCUUUGCUGCUGAUUCGUCAGGAGAUGGUGGUUUCCCAGAAGAAGCUCGGCGACUUCUGCGAGGCUCUGAAGCAGUACCUGAAGAACGUGUCGGCUCAGAAAGACUGCUUUCAUGUGACUGCUGUACGUCUGCCAGACGGUUUGUCCUUCGUCGUCUAUGAGUUCUGGGAUGGAGAGGAGGAGUGGAAGAGGCACCUCCAGUCAGCCCCCAACAAGGCCUUUCAGCAUGUGAAGGUGGACACGCUGUGCCAGCCGGAGGCCGUGUCGUCUGUAGCUGUACCAGCCGCCUGGUGCAGCGUGAACAGGGACUGAGCAUGAAGAUAUUCAACUACACGCCAAGACUCCUGGACACUCCCCACUACUACUACUACUUCUUCUCUCUCCUCCUCAACUUCCCUUCCAUCCAGUCCCACCUUUAAAAAAAAAAAAACUCCCCCCCUGCGUUUCACCCCCACAUCCUCCUCCCAACUCUUUUUGUAAGUACAUGUUUACAUAGUGCAAAUGAAUGGUGUCAACUGCGGUGAAAUUUGAACAAACAGUGCAUUUUACAGAAGACGUGUUUCGCAUCUCACCACAGGUAGUUUUUGCUGGAGAUUAUUUCAUGUUUCAAGUAGCUUCGAGCCACUUUACGGUGGAGUUUGUCAUGUAGCAGGGACCCCAAGGUUGAGUUUUCCAUGUAGCAGUUAUUAGGUGGUCCAUGUAGGAAUGUGGCAUUUUAAUUUUUCCUCUCAUUAGGGUUGAAACGAUCAUCUGUGUAGCUGCUGGUUUACGAAGGAAUGCAGGAGGUUUUUCAUUAGCCGAUCACGUUUUGACAUUAUUCUCACAUUGGCCAUUUCUGAACUUAAAAACAAGAGAGGUCUAGUUGUCAGAUUAGCUUGCAAUCUCAGGAAAACAGAACAGUAAGUCUCUGACAGCUAGCUAAACAUUCCCAGAGUAUCUGGACUGGGGUGCAAGCCAACUGUCUGCACUGAAAAUGGACAAAAACUCGCAAAAAGAAGGCAGUGAAGUCGUGCAUUUAGUGGCUUGAAACAUCACCUUGCAGAUAGGACUUUUGUUAUUGAUAUUCUCAAAACUUAGCUGCCGUUUAGCUGGAAAAAUAUGAGAUUAGCCUGAAUUUACCCCAUUUAGUGAGUUGUUUCUGCGUAAAAGGCUUAAAAAAGGAAGGAUGGAUUCUCAAAAAGUGACGCAAGCUCUUUUAAAAUGUAUUUCAUAGAAAAAUAAAGGUAUAAUUGUGGAGUAGAGUAGCUCACAGGUGUUUUCCUGUAUGGUUACUGCUGCAGGAAAGAGCCGGAAUGAAAGAGUUAUUUCGAAUAAACUCUCAGAAAACCAGAGUACAAGUUGCAAAUUUAGCUUUUUAGCCAGUUAGCCAAGAUUCUCUUACUAUUUUACCUCCAUCAGAUGCUUCAGAUCCACUUGUUUGUUCCGUUUUAUGAGCUUCAUCUGCAUUUAUUAAACAUAGCGGCUACUGUGGGAGUAAUGUCUGUAAAGGACAUGCUAGGUGUAACAAAAAUAUGUUUUUUGAUGAGCAGCAGAACCCCGAAAUCCAAAUCUAUGAGAAGACAGAUGUCAAAAUUCGAUAACAGUAAAUAAGAGUCAGCCAUUGAGUUCUAGUUCUUCAUGUAGCUUGGUUUUCAUUAUUGACAUCAGGGUCCUUAGAUGAGUUUUGCCGUCGAUGGAUCAUUUCUGAUUUAUCCGCUACCUUGAGAAAGAAGAGUCACAAGCAGCACGUCACUGUUUCCGGUUUGAUUUCUUGCCUUUUGUUUGAUUGUCUGAACCGGCGAUGGGUAGCUUCUCUUAGCUGUGCGAGUCUAGUAGAGGUUGUACAUAUUGAAAAUGUUGUUCUAUUAUAUUUGUAUUUCUCUUUUAGUGCUUAUGGUGCAAGUUUUUCUCCUCAGUGAAAGUGGCAGCAGCUGCGUAGGCGCUGCGGCUUCUCUGUUCGAAUCCGAACAGCUACCAUCAUAAACCAAUCUGAAUGACGUUGAAUAUAUAGCCUUAAACAUCACUACACAGGCGAGGAGGUUCCUAACGGUUAUUUCAAAGAUUAUUUUUCAGUUUUUUGAUGAGUGAAUUCCCCACUACCUUUAUUUCACUGUAGAAAUCAAGUCACAUUUUACUUUCAGGACGUACUGCAGCUGCUAAUUUGGGAAUUCGUCAUGACAUGGCACCUUAAGUUUCAGCGGUCUUGCUUAUAAAUCUGUCACAGUCUGUGGUGCAAAAUAACAGUUAUCAAGCUGCUUUCUGCUCUGCAAGAAACCUAGACGUAACAGCAUAGAGGAUUGUGGGUCAGAAAUAGCAGAGAAGCAUGCUAGCUAGCAGACCGGUAUCUUUUUCCUGCAUACUAAACAGUAUGGCAGUAUGGAUAUUGGAAUGCACCUCACGACUGCUGUUCAAUUAACAUUAUCGACACAAAUUUCUAGAGGUCUGUGCACCAGACUUACUCAGUUAACAUCACUGGAGGAAUAACCUCCACAACCUUUAACGUACUGUAGCAGCUAAAUCAACCACCUUAGCAUGAAAAUCUAUUAACACGUGAGCAUAUACAUUAUCACUGUUGACUCUACCUUUAAAAAAUGCAACCAAAAAAAAAUAACUUUUAAAUAAGACAUUACAGAAAGUUACACUUUCUGCAAAUACAGGCCAAAUCAGAUGGAUUUUGCCUAUAUUUUGACUAAGUCAGAGCAUCCUCAAGAAGCACUAAUGAGCAUUUUAUUCUGCUAAUAUGGCUAUUUAAUGGAAUUUGGCAACUAUUUGGCUCAUGUCAGUUUAUUGUGCAAUCCUGUUACAUGCAAGUGGACUAAAAGCUCGACAUGUAAAUGUGAUCAUGUGUCUACAAAUUCCAAUGUUUCCAUAGUGGUUAGUUUUAUGAAAUACUCAAAUUACGUAAACAAACAGAUUAAGUCGAGGUAUGUUCCGAUUCUUUUGGCCUAUUUUAAAGAUUUGGUCGAUUGCCCCUCUUGACUCCACCUUUAAAAAUUGAAAAAUCGAUCUUCUGCCCUGAUUUGGUUCAAAUCUCUCCCAUCUAUCUCCUCACCGCCACUGUAAGCCCACCACUGCAACCCAAUCAGACUCGGAAAGCACAAUGUAAAAAUGAGUGAAUAUCGUGACUUAAAGAUACAUUAGAGGUUAAUGAGUAUGACGAGAGUAUUUAGAGAUCUAUAUAUAGUAUUACUGUUUAUCUGUGUAAAAAGAUUUGUUGAUGAAUAACUCUAUUCUUCAAAAAAAAGGUGCCAUGUUGCCAUCCAUCUCACUGUCGGGUCUAUUUUCUCAUCUUGCCGGUACUGUGGUAGCAGUGGGUGGGGAUCCAGCUACACUGAUACUGAUGUCGAUCUGCACCGUAAACUUUUGUCUAGAGCGCCGGGCUGCACUGAGCCGGGCGGGACCGUGUGAAAUGUGGAAGUGUUGAUUAUUAUUACAUAUAUACGGUAACAGAAAAAAAAACAGUCGGCUUGUAGAAGAGGCAUGCAAAGGCGCCGCUGCUUUAUAUGUGAAAUUUUUUUAACCAAUCUCUGAGUGUUAAAGGUACCACGUGGAGUUUUGGACCACUAAUGAAGCAAUGUUUGUAUAAUUUCACAGCAGUUAUUUGACUCAGUUAGUGGCAAUAAAAUGCCAAGAAACAUGGUAAUGUGCAAGUUUCUAGCUAGCAAACAUGUUACAUGCUACAAACAAUGCUAGAUAUGAAGAAAUAAAAGGUCUGCUUUUGCUAAUGUCUUAUUAGGAAGGAAAUACGUUUAUUUAUUAGAAGUGAAGCUGUUGCUCUGCCACUUAGCAUUUAGCUUAGCUGUGGUUUAGAAUGAAAGCUGAACUUGCAGUGGUUUAAAAUGCACCUGAGUGCUAAACUGUGUAAAACAAGCCCAGAUGUAUAAUGAAGCUAGCCUUAAGGUGACGUAUUGUGCUGAUUUGGAGCUCUAUAUUUUCUUUUUUGGACUCCACAAGAGUAGCUUUGUCUGAAAUAAACCGUUUCACUCCUGUCUCUUUAAGAGCCCCCUCCCUAAAAGCCCACUUUCUUCUGAUUGGCCAACUUGUGAGCAAUGUCUCUUACUCUUGCCUCUGUGCAGGUUUUAAAAGAAAUCUAAAAGCCAUAAAGUGGUAUAAUUUCUCAUUGAUUGGAAAUGGCAACUUUUGUACUCUAUAUGUUCGAAUCCGAGCUGAACAUAAAAAAAAGAUUACAGCCAGACAUUGUUCUUUGGUAAAUAGUACACUAGUUACCGACUUAUUGUGUGACAUAAUGGUGGAUAUAAUCUAAUUCACAAGCCGUACUUUUUCUACAUGUUCCCCUCCUUAUAGAUGUUAAAUUAACUAAAAUGCCGACUGCAGUUAAAAAAAAAAAAAGUUUACACAGCAAGAAAUUGUUUUUGUGCUGUUGGUAAACAAAGGUAUAGUUUAGGUGUGUUUUUUCCUGGAGCAGAUGACAUAUAAAGAAUAGUUGACUUCAGUAAAUGGCAAAAGUUGUAAGAAGUAAAAUACUGGGAGACAAAAAUAACUGAAAAUAGAAGAUAUUGAGAUUGCAACAUAAUGGAAUAAGUUUAGUUUAGUUUCAAGUUUAUUUGUAAAAGGACAGCGUGCAGUUACAUUAAAAAGAUGGUUGCACCAGAUUUAGCUUCAAGCUAAUUUCCAUCUGUAGUCCUUGGUCAAUAAAAAACGGCAAUUGGAGGCUUGGAUUGUGAUUGGAUCUAAGUGUACAGCUGUACUACGUUUUCUGAAGAAAACAUCAAUCCUAUAAGAAGAAAAGCUCACUGAACUCCACCUCUUCAAUCACAAGAACACAUUUUAAAACUGUGAAACCUAUGAAGCUGCUAUGAUUCUUCAGAUAAACCUUCCAGAUACAGAUUUUCUGUCUGUCUCAGGUCUAAAUGGGGUCAAAGUGAUUUCUGCAGGAGAGAGCAGUUGGAUUUAGAUUUAUAUCUGCUUCUGUGGACCCAACUAUGAAACAGUCUUUUACUCCAGACAACCCUGAACCUUAAACCGCAGCUAAACUAAGGAUGCAGCAACAGCUUCAGUCUGUUUUGGAUGAGGAACUGAGUGUAAACUAGAUAUUGCUACCAAGAAAACUCUACAGGGCACCUUUAACCUCUCACUUGUUAAAGAUUUAACCACUUGCACUCUUGUGCCACUAUGAACCUUGUCUGCAUUUGAGAAGGAGCUGCUGAACUCUCAAUAGCAACAUAAAGCCAUAUUGCAUGGAUCGGUGUUUACAUGUCAGUGACUUACUAUCCUGAUAGCCAUAGUUUACAGCUGAGUGCAGCCCGACGGCCGUGAUCGAGGGUCCUCCUGUCAUGUACAUUUCGCCCAGCUGAGUUUGGGUCGUGUACAUGAGGUAGAUAGUCGAGUGAACUGUCAGAAAUGCCAAUACUGUUUCCUGUUGAUACAUUCCUGAAUGUCCCUCAGACUGUGUUUCUUUUUUCUAUCCUCCUACUCCUCAGUGCAACCUGUGCUCGGCCGUACGACGGAAGAGUUUCGCCUUUUAACGUGAGCUGAAGCAGGUCUGGAAAGAACGUUUAACUGGCAGCGGGGUAUAUAAAGUGUGCAGAUCAGAGGGCUGAAAUACAAAGCAGGAUUAGUGGGUUUAUUGAGGUUUGUUUAGCCUCAAGUUUUCAGUAUCAUGAAGGUGGCUCAGAUGCUGUGGAGCUAACCUGUUCUCCUUUUUUGACCAAUCGUUUUUCAAUUAUUCUCAGCUAAAACUGCUGAGCCGUACAAUACUAAAACCACCGAAUGAAGCCGUGUAAAUACAGUAUUAUACAUUAUAUGCAUCGUGUUGCCAUGGGAAACGACAUGGAGUCAUCCGGUAAUGCAGAAAUGACGGAUACCUCUUGACUGGGGUUUUAGUUUUGGUGAAGUUACACAAAAACACGCCUGAAUAUGUGGAACCUGCUUUGUCGUUCAGUCCUCUGUGGCUGUAGGAAGCUGGUGGACUGAACACGCCACCAGAUUUACCGCCGCGAUGCCAAAUGAAGCGAAACCAAUCAGGAACUUUUGCCAAACUGAGCGACAUCGUAACUCUUCCCUCGUACGGCUGCGUUCUUUUCUAUCCUUCAACUGAGUGCAUGUCAACUGAAUGUCCAGUAACUUCUUUGCUGUAGUAUUAGGCCAUGCUACUCUUCAAUGGGUUUUGUGCAUUUCUUACCUUCUUCUUUCUUUUCUAGUAUUCCUACAAAGGGAGACAGAGAUUAAAAUCUAUUAUAUAAAAUAUAUAUAUAUAUAAAUAUAAAUAUAUAUAUGACUAGAAAAAUGGCAUACAAGAAUGAACAUUCACUUUUAUGGCAAUGUUUAAUGAAAUAUUAAUUCUUAAUGUAUGUUUCAGUAUAACUGCUUUCUCUUCUUGAGUAUAGAGACUUAUUGCAGGGAUGCAAGUAUUAUAUUUGGUCUUUGAGGAAUAUCUUGUUGAAAUUCUAGAUGAUGUAGAGUGAUGCAAUUCAAUAAAAGUAUAAAACUGA